AUGUUCAAGAGAAGUGAGAAAAAGAUCAAAGCAGUCUUCAAGAUGCAAUUUCAGGCAACACAGGUGCCGCAGCUGAAAUCGAAAAAGCUGAUGAUCUCUCUAGUCCCGGUAGAUGUAGGAAAACCGACGGUCAGGCUAGCGAAAGUGCCGAUUGUCGAAGGAACCUGCACGUGGGAAAGCCCGGUUUAUGAAACAGUGAAGUUAGUCCAGGAGAUUAAAACAGGACGAAUCAGAGAAAAAUUUUACUAUGUGAUUGUGUCGACAGGGUCGUCAAAAGCCGGCUUUUUGGGAGAGGUUUCGCUCGAUUUUGCAGAUCUAGCAGAGGCUACCAAACCAUUGAAUUUAACUCUGCCUUUACAGACGUCGAAAUCUGGUGCAAUAUUACAUGUCACAGUUCAGAGGAUGCAAGGACGUCUUGAUUCAAGACAUGAUGAUGAUAGUGAAGCACCAGAGGCAGAGGAUGAAUCAAAUGAUCGAAACAUGGAUUCCUAUAGUUUUGACAAGAGAAACCCGAAAUCUCCUAAUAGUGAUGACUUGAGUGAAGCGUCAACUCCGCAUGAAGAACAAAAUGGAAGCUUAGAAGAUGGUUUAUCAGAUCACAACUAUGCCGAAUCGAGAGAUGGAGUAAGAGAAACUUCGAAUAAUAAUACUUCAGGAAGGUUGACCAAUCAAAUGAAGAUGCUCGAACGGAAGGCAGAACUUGCAGAGUUGGAAGUGCACUCCCUACGCAAGCAAAUUAUGAAGGAAACACAAAGAGGGCAACAAUUGGCUGAGCAAAUUGUUCGUCUAAAAGAGGAAAAAGAUGCCCUUAGAGCAGAAUGUGAAAGUGUCAAAUCCUCAACAGCAACCAAGAAUGAGGAGGAAGCAUUUUCUGCUCCUACACAAAAAGAGAUAGGAAAACUGACGAGCUCGCUCGACAAUGUCAAGCAAGAGCUCCAACGUCAGAGAGAUUUGAAUAAGAAAUUGAAGUCACAACUACAAAAAGCAGAAGAUUCAAAUUCAGAAUUUGUUCUUGCAAUGAGAGAUCUCAGCAAAAAAUUGGACCAGAAAAAUACGGAAAUAUCGCGACUCUCCAGCAAAAUUAAGUCCCUCCACAGUGGAUCAGAUGCCUUGUUUGAAGCAUCACCCAGAACAAAUGGGAGCUUUAAUGAGGAUAGCAGAGCUUCGGAUGAUUCGGCCAGCAAAGGUGGCAAUAUUGAUGAAUUAGAAAAGUUGAAGCAGAAAAUUGACGACCUCUAUUCGGAAUUAGAAGUUCACAAGAAAGAGAAAGCAGAGAUACAAAUGGAUCUAGAGAGGCUUGCUCUGGAUUACGAAAAUUUAGAGAUAGAGAACAAGGACAUAAGCUCCAAAAUAGAGCAAAAUGAAAAGGAAAAGAUGGAAAUUCAGCAAAGUUAUACUGAAUCUUUGGCUACAGAGAAAACCCUUAAACUCCAGGUAGCAAGCUUGGAGAAAGAAAACAAAAGGAAGUCACUUCAAUACUCGGAAUCUCUGGAUAUGAUUGAUGAGCUCGAGUUCCAGGUCGAGAGCCUGCAGAAAGAGCUGGAAAGCCAGGCACAGGUUUUUGAGGACGGUCUUCAAGCAUUAACAGAAGCAAAAAAUGAGCAGGAACAAAAGGCCAUUAGAGCCGAGGAAGCUUUAAGAAAAGCAAGGAUGAGCAAUAAAAAUGUAACCGAGCGACUUCAGGAGGAAUUCACUCAGAUUUCUGCUGAGAUGUCACUGAAAAUCGAGGAGAACGAGAUUCUAGCACAGGAAGCUAUUAAAGGAGCUAAUGAUUUGCGCCAGAAGAAUGAAGUUCUAGAAGAAGAUCUCCAGAAAGCGAAAGAAGAACUUCGAAUAAUGAAAGACCAGUACGAAACAAUACUUCGAGAGCGCCAGGAGCAAAAUGAUUCAAUUGCUGGAACCAGCAAACAGUCUGAAACAAUGGAAGAAUCAGAGACAUUCCAGAGAUGGAAAUCAGAGAAAGAUGAUCUGGAGAGAAGACUAGCUUCAGUGAGGAUAGAAGCAGAAAACUUGAUGCAGGAAAAUGUUUCCAUGAAGUCUCAGGUAGAUCUGAAAAAAACAAAAGAAGAUAACUUGCUUUUAGAAGUGAAAAAACUAAGAGUCAAGAACAAUGAAGUCAGAAGUCUUAUGCUCGAAGUACAGUUGGAGAAUGAAGGCCUGAAGAAAGAGGUGUCCAAAUUGCAGGAGAGCUUACACAAGCAGGAACAGGAAAAGGAGAGAGCUGCAAAACAAAGAUCUUUUACUUCACCACUGAAGGAAAAGAGUAUUAAAUACAAUACCGAAGAAGAGUGGAACAGUGUGGAAAGAGAUUGCGUACAGGCUGUCCCUGCGAAUCAAUUGCAACAGGAGACUAUGCCAGCAGACCAUACUGGAAAGUAUGCUUUACAAAAGAGUGAGCAGUCUGAAUGUAGUUGUGAUGGUUCCAGCUUGUUAAGCGAAGUAGCAUCCUUGAAGGAAAGAAAUAAAAGCAUGGAAGACGAAUUGAAAGAAAUGCGUGACAGAUAUUCAGAAAUAAGUCUCAGAUUUGCAGAGGUAGAAGGUGAAAGGCAACAACUUGUCAUGGCCGUUCGUAAUCUGAAAAGUGGAAAAAAAAACUAG